ACAGAAACAAUUACUUAUUUACAAAAUGUGAACAGCCAUAUGUUUAAUUUAAGUUUAUAUUCGUUCAAUUUUAAUACCUGCUUGAAAUAAUCCUUAAAACAAAACUCGCUCACGCUAAUGAUUUCUGUUCCACUCGCCUGUGCCUGUGGCCCCGCCCACUAUGGGGAUCCCGAUUAAUAUUCAAGUAAGCGCCACCCAGUGGAACCAAACAUUUCGCGGUUUCAGGAACUGAAUUGUAACACCGGCUGCACAAAAGUUUGUGUGAACAAAAAUGUUCACUGCAAACUCAUAAAAACAUUAUAAACUGUUAUGAAAUGAUGAACCAAAUGUAGUUUAGGCUCAAAUUCUCAGUUCUACGCGCAAGUCCGGGAAACCGGGAUCCUAAUGAAUAUUAAUGUAUGCCCCGCCCAGUGAAACAGAAAAUCUCGAAACACCUGUUGAGAUACAUAGCUGUCUUGACAGAUGCCAGUAUCCGUGAGAAAGCUCUCGCGGGAGAAACUAUGCUCAACUGUAUCUAGACCUUUGUCGUUAAGGUCCGUGUAUUACACUGGAUCUCAAUAAAAGCGGAGACACCGGGAAAGAAAGGGAAAGUGAGAGUAAUGCUCGCUGACCCACGAACUGCUCAGUGUUGUUGGUUGAUGACACAUCAUCAGGAAGCUCUCGGCUAGCGCACUCUCAAACUUGAGGAGGAGAUGUCUCCAGACGACACCCCUCACAUCCUCCUGGGGAGGAUACGGUUUUUAAACAAGUGCAUUGAAUGUUUCCGAGAAAGUGAAGCUCUGCCGGAGUCCCUGUGUUACGUGCCGAAAGAGGUUUGCUACAAAAUAUGUAAGGACUCGUCGUCGGGCUCAACAGCUUUCAUCUCAGGAGGCAAAAGUGUGGUGUCGGUGUGGGAAAGCCCACAUCAGGUUCCACACAAGAAAUUAUCCAAGUAUAACAUCGAGCCCAAAAAAGGCACCUGUAUACGGACAACAGGGGAAGAGUACUGCAACAGCCACGGCCUGUGGGUCAAAAUAAGCAAGGAGCAGCUGGAGGAGUAUUGUGCUGGUGUGGACAUACAGGAGGGCUGGGUCCUGUUGUGUAAACACACUGAAGGUGGAGACAGGCUUGUGCCGGUGGAAUCUCCUGACACUGUCAGCCGCCAGCAGCAGCUAUUUGGUUAUGACCAUAGGGCGUGUAGCAGUUGGGAGCAGGUGGUGGAUGUGGAAAACUCCUUGCACGUGGGUGCCAAACCCAAGGUGGCAGAGCCGGACGAGGACGCUGUGCGCAAACUGAGGUAUGUUCCUCCUUCAUGGACGUUUGAAUGUGAUGAGGACCUAGUACACUACUUCUAUGACCACAUUGGGAAAGAAGAGGAAAACCUUAGCAGCGUGAAGCAAUGCUUGACCAACAUUGAUGUGUCUUCUAGUUCGGACCCCAAUGCUGGCGCAAGCUGCCUGACCGAUGGAGACACUGAGACAUUCUGGGAGAGUGAUGGCUCGCAGACACAGCACUGGAUCCGGCUACACAUGAAGAGAGGCUAUGUGGUCAACAAACUGAUAUUAACAGUGGACUCAACAGAUUAUAACUACAUGCCCAAAAGAGUGACUGUAUAUGGUGGAGAGGAAGAUAAUCUCAAAAAAUACAGUGAUGUGCCAAUAGAUGACAACUUAAUUGGAGAUGUUUGUGUUCUGGAGGACAUGACAUCAUAUUUGCCUGUCAUAGAGAUAAGGAUUGAGGAAUUCAGAGAUGAGGGAACGGAUGUACGGAUCAGGGGUCUAAAGAUAAAAUCAUCUUGCGAGCGUAACUUGGGCCUGAAUGCAGACAUAUUCCAGUCUCUCAAAUUAGUGCGCUUCCCGAGGUUGGAGGGCACACCCCCUGAUGUCCUCUAUCGCCGCGUCUUAGUCAUUCAGAGGUUCAUCACACUCCUGGACGGUCUGUUGCCUCAUAUUGUGCCUGCAUGGGACUACAGCCUUGGAACAUUCAACCAGAUCAAAAGCAUAAAGCAGUUCCUGCUGUUGUCCAAGCGUCGCUCUGCCCUCAUCUCCCAGUGCCUGAAGGACUCUGAGACCACUAAGCCUAACUUCCUCCCCCGCCUUUACAUCAACCGUCACCUUGCCAUGGAGCACCGUGACAAUCCCAGUCUGGACCCCACUUGUAAAAAUGCUGUCUUCACUCAGGUGUAUGAGGGUCUGAAGCCAUCUGACAAGUAUGAAAAGACUCUGGACUACAGGUGGCCAGGACGACAUGACCAAUGGUGGGAGUGUAAAUUCAUUUCAGAAGGCAUCAUCGAUCAAGGUGGUGGUUUUCGAGACAGCCUGGCAGACAUGUCUGAAGAGCUUUGUCCCAGCUCCUCCGAGUGCCCCAUUCCACUUCCUUUCUUCACACGAACUUCUAACCAGGGAGCUGGAGAGGCCAGAGACUUCUAUGUACCAAAUCCUUCAUGCCGAGAAUUCCUCAAGUUUGAGAGGAUUGGGCAACUAAUGGGUGCCGCUCUUCGCGGAAAAGACUUUCUGGUUCUGGCUUUACCAGGGCUGGUGUGGAAGCAGCUGAUUGGAGAAGCAGUCAGCUGGACUAAAGACUUUCCUGCAGUAGAUGCUGUUCUGGUGAAGUUGUUGGAGGCUAUGGAGCAUAUGGACAAGGACACAUUUGAUUUUAAGUUUGGCCAGGAGUUGGUGUACACCACACUCCUGAGUGACGGGCGGAUGGUGGAGCUGAUCCCAGGAGGCAGUGGAGUGGUGGUCCGAUAUGAAGACCGCAUGGAGUACAUACGCCUGGUACAGAAAUCCAGACUUGAAGAGAGUAGUGAACAGAUUGCUGCCAUGAAGGGAGGACUGGUGAAAGUAGUGCCACAAGCUGUGCUUGAUCUCCUGACAUGGCAGGAAGUGGAGAAGAAAGUGUGUGGAGACCCAGAGAUCUCAGUGGAGGCCAUUAAACGCCUCACACGCUUUGAAGACUUGGAACAAACGGAUGUCAGAGUGCAGUACUUCUGGGAAGCCCUGAUGAACUUCACCAAUGAGGAUCGCAGCAGGUUUUUGAGGUUUGUGACUGGGAGAAGUCGUCUUCCUGCUCCGAUUUAUGUCUUCCCAGACAAACAAGGAUCUGAAACCACAGAUGCACUUCCUCAAUCUUCCACAUGUUCCAGCACCCUUUAUCUACCCAAAUACUCAAGUGCUAAAGUUUGUGAAGAGAAGCUUCGCUAUGCUGCAUAUAACUGUGUGGCCAUCGAUACAGACAUGAGCCCUUGGGAGGAGUGACCAGAUUUUGCCAUGUUUACAAAUUUUACACACUGGGAUUACAGCAUAAAUUAAUUGUAGCCUUCAGCACUGUGCAGAUGACCAUGCCUACACUAUUGCCAAUUACAUCUGUACAGUAUAAAUAAAUAUGUUAUAAACAAUA